UGAUGAGAGGGUCCUUCCACCCAGCUGACGUGCGAAGUGUUUUAAACCGCGAUCACCUGAAACAAGCGUGGGGUAUCGGCAAGAGGUCUUAAAUUUCUUCUGUGCAUUAGGCGUUUGAACGCAAGACAUCUGAAAUUAUGGCAGACUACCCUGGCAUUUACGACGAACCGGCGGACUCCACCAGACAACAGGAAAGACAUUACCACCUCCUGUCCCAGCUACAGAACCUCGUGAAAGAUCUGCCGAGUUCAUUCCAGCAGCGUCUGUCCUACACCAUGCUGAGCGACCUGGCCUUGGCCCUGAUUGACGGAACGGUGUUCGAGAUCGUCCAGGGGCUGUUGGAGAUCCAGCACCUGACGGAGAGGAACCUCUAUAACCAGCGGCAGAAACUGCACAGUGAGCACAGAGGUCUCAAACAGGAAUUAGUCCGGAAGCAUAAGGAAGCCCUGCAGUCCUGCAAAUCCCACAACCUGGCUGUGCUCCGAUCCAGCCAGCAGGCAGAGAUCGAGGCUCUGGAGCAGCGUGUUAAAGAUGAACAGAGAAUGAUGGAUGAGAAGAUAGUGGCCGAGAUGGAUCAGAAAGUGAUUGACCAGCAGACUACCUUGGAAAAAGCAGGUGUUCCCGGAUUUUACACUACGACAAGCCCUCAGGAACUAACAUUGCAAAUGAACUUGCUGGAACUGAUCCUCAAGCUCCAGCAGAAGGAGUCUCAGUCUGGAAGUUUGUUUUCAUGAGGGUUUCAGCAAGAAACAGGUGGGGGAUGUGUAUCAAGUGUACCGGAGGAUCCGCAAACUGCGCUUGCAUGUUCAGCAGGCUAUGGAUCACCUGUUAAUGCUGGAUACUGGACGUUGGAAGAUGUGAGAUGAGCUAAACCAUCUGUGAUAUCUAGGGAUUACCCAGAUUGGACUUUGAUCGAUGAAGUUCAUCCUGCUUAGUGGCAAUAUUUAGUGGAAAUGAGUUGCUUUAAACGGAUCUGUGGACAUGGAGAGAGAUCGUGUUGUUUUCUGAACUGAGCUAUUGCAGAUGUCGCAGGGAGGGUACACACACGAGCAAAAGUGGUGGUUUAUUUUGACUGUGCUCCCCACAAACCAACACAAAUUAUAUGUGCAAAAUUAAAAUAAAUUCACAAAAACUUACUGAGAGUUACGGUUUAAACCAGUAGUACCACCGUGCUUAGGUCCGAUCAGCUCCCUUUCCGCUUGCCUACCUGAGGAGCUUCCUAAAUAGGUAUAGCCCUGCCCCCUCGGAACAUACCAUUGUCCCAGUAAAGUUAUCUAGCUCCGAAUCUAAUAAUGAACUUAUCAUUGCCCCCAUAACAGUUCAUUCAUAAUUUGCUAAAUAAAAUGUAUUGAAUGUAGAAAAACACGAACAAAACAUUUUUCUCUUUCCCCUAUGUUCGUAAGAAAAUGGUACUUGCCAUCGCGGAAGAGGUGCGCAUGCGCGACUCGGCGCUGACGCCACAAAGUCCGGCCGAGGACGAGGUCAGGCUUGGACCCCUGAGGCCACCGUACCCGGAAGUGAGAACGCACGGCUGUAACAUCAAGGCAGAUAGAGCGCUGUUGGUACACAAUUAGUACAAAUAAAAAAAAACGUUAUUCUUGAG